AUGUCAACGACGACCAAAGUUUAUGAAAGGAGUAAGGUGAAGAAGGAAGGGGCAAAGCGUAAUGUUGCAUCGGAGUCAACUCAUGUUACUUUGAACGUGAAGGGUCAGGACGAGGAAGGGGUUAGAGUGUUCAAGGUGAGAAGGAAGACUAAGUUGCUUAAGUUGAUGCAAUAUUACAGCGAUAUGAGAGGUGUCGAGUGGAACACAUUUCGCUUUCUAUUGGAUGGCUCGAGAAUUCGGGAGUACCAUACUCCGGAUGAC